AUGGGAAGAAGACGAAUUGAGAUCAAGAAGAUCAUUGACCAGCGGGCCCGCAGAGCUACAUUUGGCAAGCGAAAGUCAGGUCUUUUUAAGAAAGCAUGGGAGUUCGGAGUUCUUACUGGAAGCAAAGUAUAUGUGGUCAUCGAGGAUGAAAGAAAGACACAAUACUCGUUCACGACGAAUAAGGAGGACUUAUAUCUAAAAUAUCACGAUAUCGAUCCUGAAAAUCGAGUGGCGCCUCAAGACUUUGGGGAGUCAGCUGAAUCUCCAGAGACGCUCUCAUCAGCAACUGGAGCAAUAGUAGGUGCUACAAGACAGCAACCAAAGACGCAAAUGAGCAACAAUAACGAUAUCGAAGAGUUGCCUGACGCGUUCUCAUCGGAAAGCCUUCUGCUUUUCACCACGAGAUAUCCAAUGUUACUUACCGACUUCGGCUUCAUUCAUCGAUCCGAAUAUGCUCAGUAUAGGUGGGGAUGCGCUCGAUACAGACCAAGUCGACAUUUUGUCACUCAACGUGCCAGGGCUAUUCUCCCCAGUAAUCUCUGGCUUGGGUUUUCAACCAUUAUCUGA